AAAAGAUUAAAAUAACCGUUUUUUGUUGUUUAUAGGUUAUCAGAAUGGACAUUAGACCCAAACGGUCGUAGCAAACAACUCCGCACUUUUAAAUUCGAUUAUUUUGAACUUGCCACGUUCUACAGAAAAGUUUAGAAACACCCUGAGCUGCGAGCAGCCUUCAAGCCUAGUGGCUGUGAAAAUAAAAUCUGAAAUUAGAGGUCUUGCCUUCGAAAUGGCACGCGUUUCACUUGCAACAUGUGUGGCGGUUUUGCUUCUGGUAUCUACACCACCCGUUGCCGUUGGGUUUGAGUCGAACGAAUGGUGGAAAGGCACGAUCGUGUACCAGAUCUACCCUCGUUCCUUCAUGGACUCAGACGGUGAUGGUGUGGGUGAUCUGGCUGGUAUCACGUCUCGUUUGGAGUACUUCAACGACAUUGGGGUAGGCACUGUAUGGCUAAGCCCGGUAUACAAGUCUCCCAUGGCCGACUUCGGCUAUGAUGUGGCCGACUUCAAGGACAUCGAUCCCAUAUUCGGCACCAUGGCUGACUUUGAUGCGCUGAUCGCCAAGGCACAUCGACUCGGCCUUAAACUCAUGAUGGAUUUCGUGCCAAACCACUCCAGCGACCAGCACCAAUGGUUUCUGGAUAGCAAGAAGAACAAAGACAGCACCAACGAAUACAAAGAUUACUACGUCUGGGAAGAUCCUAAGCAAGGUUGCUCUGAUCCUCCACAGCAAUGCGUUCCGAAUAACUGGGUGAGUGUGUUCGGCGGCUCCAUGUGGGAGUGGGUACCGGAGAGGCAGCAGUUUUACUUGCAUCAGUUCCUCGUGGAGCAACCGGAUCUGAACUACCGCAAGCCAGAGGUAAAAACGGCAAUGGAUGACGUGGUGCGUUUCUGGCUGACUAAAGGCGUGGACGGUCUUCGCGUAGACGCCAUCAGGCACAUGUAUGAGAGCGAGGGUCUUGAGGACGAGCCAGUGAAUCCUGAUUACACACCCAAACCGGGUGAGCAGGCACAAUACGACAGCUUGCUCCACACCAUGACAGCUGAUCUCCCUGAACUGCAUGACGUCAUCAAGGACUGGAGGGACAUCUUCCAGGAAUUCAGCACUGAUCAGUAUCGGUUCAUGGUGACAGAGACUUACGAUACUCACAAGGCACUCCUCCCAUACUACGGAACCCCGGAACGACCUGAGGCAGAUUACCCUUUCAACUUCGGUUUGAUUGAACUCAACAAAGAGAACUUGUCGGGCACUAAAAUACACCAGCUGGUAGAUGAUUGGAUGAAGGACUUGCCACACGACAAGUGGCCAAACUGGGUCAUUGGUAACCACGACAACUUCCGAAUCGCUGAUAAGAUAGGUCUUGAGUAUGCACGAGCCUUGAACGUCUUGAAUCUUCUCCUGCCUGGUACCCCGACUACCUACUACGGUGAAGAGAUAGCGAUGGAGGACAUCUGGGUCUCAUACAACGACACCCAAGACCCGUUCGCGAUCAACAACCCCGAACACUGGGAGGAGUACACACGAGAUCCCGAACGUUCUCCAAUGCAAUGGGACAGGUCAUCUCAUGCUGGCUUCAGCACCACUGCCGGAAAAACAUGGCUUCCUGUCAACCAGAACUAUCUCUCAGGAAUCAACGUUGCUGACCAAAAGGCAGAUAACACCUCCGCGUUGGCACUCUACAAGAAAUUAGCAGCACUCCGUAAAGACGAGCCCGCCUUCCAAACCAACCACCUGAAGUACGUCAUUGUGAACGACAAGAUCUUCUCCUUCCUUCGCAUGCCCGACGAUCAAGAUACAAAGCCCGAUUCCUUCCUAGUCAUCAUCAACGCUGGUACCUCUGAGUCUACUGAUGAUUACACCGCAGCCCUAACGAAGUUAGAGUUGAAAGCUGAGGGUGACGCUGGGGUCAUCAAAGUCAGUAGCAACAUGGAUCGCAACGGGAAAUCCCAGGGGCUGAGUAAAAUCUCUUCCGCUGCAGGCGAGGCACUUAUCAUCAAAGCCUCGGUUUACGGAUUCAGCUCAGCAUCAGUACCAACCCUGUCUCUAACACUCAGCAUUGCAACAGUCAUGGUCAAAAUAUUUUAUCACGUCAUGUUCAAAUAUUGACUCUAAAACCGUAAAAAGAUCAACAAUUUGAUUGUUUGGUUUGAAAAUAAUAUGGCGAAUGACAAUGCGAGAUCUGCUUGCUGUUUUCAUCUCGAAUUAGAAAAGCCUAUAGGUAGAGAUAAUGCAGUGCGUAAUAAAAAGUUAUGUGGAAAAGCUUCAAAAAGUUAAGCUAGGUUUUCUAAAUCCGUUAACUACAGCCAUAUAGUGGGCUUUAAAAAAAUGAUUCCAAUGCCUAUUCUUUUGACCAAUUGCUCUUCUUAAUCCAUUCGAUUUAUUUGCAUGUUACUGAGCAAGCUAGAAUGAAAACAGCAGAAUUAUACUCACUUAUUGGUAGACAAAUAUUAUAUUUGUUAAUACAUUUGUUAACGUUUUGUUACAGUACAAUUAAUAUGUUACAUAAUGACAAAUGAAAACGUUGCAAAGGUUUAAGUUAGAAUGAAAAUGUUUAAUCCAAUAGGUAGAUCGCAGUCGCAUGCAGAGCUUUACUAGUUUUAGCACAAGUGAUUCAUUGGCAUAUUGAUGAAGGCUUGACAUGUAAAUCGUUUCCAAAGCUAAAAAAAAACAUGUUAUUAUCCGAAAAAAUUAUAAGCCAACUAUAAUUAUCCGACAGACUCAUAUAGAUUACCAGAUAUAGUUAUACUUUGAAGCAGUUGAGGUCAUUAGUUUAAAGAUAAUUGUAUUAAAUGCACAGCCUAAAACUAAAAAAAUGGAAAAAUGUGGGUUUUUUUUGCUAGAAUGGUGAUUUGAUUCUAGGUUCGUAAAAUGAAGAUUUU